AUGCGGAUACGGGGAAAAUCUCGAGGUUUUUGCUUUCUGUGCUAUCAAGAUCAAAGGAGUACUGUUCUUGCUGUUGAUAACUUCAACGGGAUCACCUUGUUGAAGCGGAUGAUACGAGUGGAUCACGUCGAACAGUACAAAGUGCCUAAAUAUAAGGAAAACGCAGACGAAGAAACCAAGCGAUUAUGGGAGGAAGGUUGCGCUCCUAAGCCUAUUCAAAUAACUGAAGCUGGUAUGUGGAUGACGUUAUGCAGUUGUUUUGAAGGCAUCAUUCACUUUCAAGUAGUUUAG